UAGAAUUAUGGAGACAACGUGUCUGAAUUCUCAAACGUUUCUGAAUUCUGACUCGUCCCGAACUAGUUCCUCGGGAAGAAGCUAGAGGACAGGUACCCCUUAGCUCAUUCCAAUCUAUCUGCUGGUCAACAUUAGUGUUUUUAUCACCAUAUCCCAACCCUGAAAGUUCUCUGCAAAUGGACGGCAAGGAAGAGUUUCUCAAGGAAUUCGGUGACUUUUACGGCUACCCCAACGCCCCUAAGUCCAUCGACGAAAUUCGUUCCACCGAGUUCAAGCGAUUAGAAGAUACUGUGUAUUUGGAUCAUGCUGGAGCAACCCUUUACUCCGAGUUGCAGAUGGAAGCUAUCUUUAAAGAUCUUACGACUACUGUUUAUGGAAAUCCUCAUAGCCAAAGUGAUUCUAGUUCAGCCACUAGUGACAUUGUAAGGGAAGCACGCAGACAGGUCCUCGAUUACUGCAAUGCUUCUCAAAAGGAUUAUAAAUGUAUAUUCACUUCUGGGGCAACAGCUGCAUUGAAACUCAUAGGGGAGAACUUUCCCUGGAGCUGUAAGAGCACCUUUAUGUACACAAUGGAAAAUCAUAAUAGCGUACUUGGUCUUAGAGAAUAUGCUCUCAAUCAAGGAGCUGCAGCCUUUGCAGUUGAUAUAAAUGAGGCUGUGGAUCAGGGUGGAGCAUCUAGAAGCUCUCUGACUUCAUUUAAGGUGUUACAGCAUCCAGUGCAGAUAAGAAAUGAAGCAAAAGUUUUGGAAGGGGAGCUUACAGGUGAUGCUUACAAUUUAUUUGCCUUCCCCUCAGAGUGCAAUUUCUCUGGAAUGAGAUUUAGCCUUGAUUUGGUGAAUAAUGUUAAGCAAAAUGCAGAAAAAAUUUUGGAAGGCUCUCCAUAUUCAAAGGGACAUUGGAUGGUCUUAAUCGAUGCUGCAAAGGGCUUUGCAGCACAACCUCCCGAUUUGUCACUUUAUCCUGCAGAUUUUGUUGUAAUCUCUUUUUAUAAGUUGUUUGGCUAUCCAACUGGACUUGGUGCUCUCAUAAUUCGAAAUGAUGCUGCUAAGUUAUUGAAGAAGACCUAUUUCAGUGGAGGCACUGUUGCUGCUUCAAUUGCUGACAUUGACUUUGUUAGAAGAAGAGAAGCUGUUGAGGAGCAGUUCGAGGAUGGCACCAUUUCAUUUCUUAGCAUAGCAUCUAUUCGUCAUGGAUUUAAGAUAUUCAAUACCCUCACUACAUCUGCAAUGUGCUGGCAUACUAUGUCACUUACCAAGUUUUUGAAGAGGAAGCUCUUAGCUUUGCGACAUGAAAAUGGAGAAAGUGUCUGCACUCUUUAUGGCAAUUGUCCUCUGAAGGUUUCUAGGCAUGACUGUGGCUCUAUUGUCUCGUUUAACCUGAAAAGGCCAGAUGGCUCUUGGUUUGGGCAUUGGGAGGUGGAAAAAUUGGCAUCCUUAUAUGGAAUUCAGUUACGGACAGGAUGCUUUUGCAAUCCUGGUGCUUGUGCAAAAUAUCUUGGCUUAUCUCACUCAGAUCUUCUUUCUAACUUAGAGGCUGGGCAUGUUUGCUGGGAUGACAAUGAUGUAAUAAAUGGAAAACCAACUGGAGCGGUUAGAGUAUCUUUUGGUUACAUGUCAACUUAUGAAGAUGCUAAGAAAUUUAUUGAUUUUAUAAGAAGUUCCUUCAUAUCCAUGCCAAGUGAGUUUGAGAAACGGUACUUGCUCAGAUCAAAGUCAAUUCCAUGUCCAACUGAAGGCUUUGAAGAUCGACUAUCAAGUUCUGCUUGCCACCUUAAGUCUAUAACCAUCUAUCCAAUAAAAUCAUGCGCAGGGUUCAGUGUGAAUAGUUGGCCUCUGAGUGAUACAGGUUUGCAGUAUGAUCGAGAAUGGCUUCUUAAAAGCUUGACUGGUGAAAUUCUUACACAAAAGAAGGUUCCUGAAAUGUUCCUCAUUAAAACCUUCAUUAACCUCAAUCAGCAGAUAUUAUCUGUAGAGUCACCCCGUUGCAAAAGGAAAUUGCAGAUCAAACUAGACUCCAAUUCAUAUCUUCCUGGGAAAGAAGAGUUUUAUUUGCAGAGCCAAAGAUAUGAAGUCCAAUGUUAUGAAAAUGAAAUCAACCAAUGGUUCAGUGAUGCUGUUGGUCAACCUUGUACUUUAGUGCGGUGUUGCCAGUCCGAGUAUUGCUUCUCUUUGAACAAAAACAGAAGUAUGGGUAUGUGCAGAGAUGUGAACAGUAAGGUGAAUUUUGCAAAUGAAGCUCAGUUCCUACUGAUUUCCGAGGAGAGUGUGUCCGACCUCAACAACAGACUAUGCUCAAAAACUCAAAAACUCUCUUGUGGUGCCCCACCUAACGUCAACCCGAUGAGGUUUCGGCCCAAUCUUGUCAUAUCUGGAGGUGAACCAUAUGCUGAGGAUGGAUGGAGAAAUCUUAGAAUCGGGAACACAUAUUUUAGUUCAUUAGGUGGUUGCAACCGUUGCCAGAUGAUCAAUUUUUAUCAGCAAACAGGACAAGUUAAGAAGACAAAUGAACCUUUGGCAACUCUAGCAUCAUACAGGAGAGUAAAGGGGAAGAUUUUGUUUGGGAUAUUGCUCAGGUACGAUCCUGGUAAUAAGGCUAGGCUGGAUACAAAUUCGUGGCUUAAGGUAGGAGAUGAAGUUCAUCCAAAUUCGGAAUAAAAGGUGUUAAAACAAAAACAAGAACCUAAUAGAAGCACAUAUAGGGAAUAUUGCAUACUCCGAAUACAGUGGCAUACGCAUUCCUACAUAACACGACCACGGGCCAGACAGCAUGAAAACAAUUUUUUGUUAUUCCAUUCCUAGCAAAGAAAUAAAUGUCAAAUGACGAAUGGUAUACAGAUAUCUUGAUUACAAUAUUGAAACAAAGGCUGUUGCUUUAUUUGAUGCAAGUCUUCUGAAAUACUUAAUGUUCCAGCCAACUCUUGAGUUCGUUGCUGUUCAAAGUGUAUUAUAUAUAUAAAUAAUAUUCAUUUCUGAGCAUGAUUGCUUCCUAAA